GGGGUUGCUGCACUGCAAGGAGACGGGAGCCCCAGAGCUCCGCGGAGAGUCAGAGAGUCGACCUGAGCUAGCCGUACCCGCCCUGCGUCCUUUGCGCCCCCACCACCGAGACGCUGCUUAGAGCUCCCGCCUCGCGAACAUGAGAGUCCAGCUGGCGUGCCUGCUCCUCUGCACCCUGGUAGUGAGCGACUCCGAAGGAAGUCAUGAAUCUCGUUCAGUGUCUGAGGCAUCAAAUUGUGGCUGUCAGAAUGGAGGGACAUGUGUGCACUACAAGUACUUCUCCAACAUUCAUCGAUGCAACUGCCCAAAGAAAUUUGAAGGGGAACACUGUGAAAUAGAUAGAUCGAAAACCUGCUAUCAUGGAAAUGGUCACUCUUACCGAGGAAAGGCUAACACCGACACCUUGGGCCGGCCCUGCCUGGCCUGGAACUCUCCUGCUGUCCUUCAGAAAAUCUACCAUGCACACAGACCUGAUGCUCUUGAGCUGGGCCUGGGGAAACACAAUUACUGCAGGAAUCCAAACAACCAGAGAUGGCCCUGGUGCUACGUGCAGGUUGGCCUAUACCAGCGUGUCCAAGAGUGUAAGGUGCAUGACUGCUCUUCUGGAAAAGAGAUCCUCUCUCCUCCAGAAGCAGCAGGGUUUCAGUGUGGUCAGAAGGCUCUGAAGCCCCGCUUUAAGAUUAUUGGGGGAGAAUUCACCACCAUCGAGAACCAGCCUUGGUUUGCAGCCAUUUACAGGAAGCACCGCGGAGGCUCUGUCACUUACCUAUGCGGUGGCAGUCUCAUCAGUCCUUGCUGGGUGGUCAGCGCCACCCACUGCUUCAUUAAUUACCAAAAGAAGGAGGAAGACUACAUUAUCUACCUGGGUCGGUCAAAGCUUAACACCGUGACACCUGGGGAGAUGAAGUUUGAGGUAGAACAACUCAUCUUUCACGAUGAUUAUAGUGCUGACACACUUGCUCAUCACAACGAUAUUGCCUUGCUGAAGAUCAGGACCAGCACCGGUCAAUGUGCGCAGCCAUCCCGGACCAUACAGACCAUCUGCCUGCCCCCAGAAUAUGGCGAUAACCGUUUUGGCACAAACUGUGAGAUUUCUGGCUUUGGAAAAGAGAAUACGUCUGACUAUUUCUAUCCUGAGCAGCUAAAAAUGACUGUUGUGAAGCUGCUCUCCCAUCAGGAGUGUCAGCAGCCCCACUACUAUGGCACUGAAGUCACCCACAAAAUGUUGUGUGCUGCUGACCCGCAGUGGGAAACAGAUUCCUGCCAGGGAGAUUCGGGGGGUCCCUUGGUCUGCUCCAUCCAUGGCCGCCUGACUCUAACAGGGAUUGUGAGCUGGGGCAGUGGAUGUGCCAUGAAGGACAAGCCAGGUGUCUACACAAGGGUCUCACGCUUCCUGCCUUGGAUCCGUUCUCACAUCGGAGAAGAGAAUGGCCCAGCCCUCUGAGAGCUCUCAGAAAGUCAAGGGAGAAAAGGGGCUCCACCCAUUCCCAUGACGACAGUCAUUUUGACAGUAGGGCCAUCUCUGCCUGCUAUAUGUAAGCAAGAGACUGCAGAAGUUAGGCUCUGCUGCAAUGGUUUUGCUUGUUCUGCCCACUGGGUGAGCAAUAACUUUACUCUGAGAUACAGGCCUGGGUGCUGGCUGCCCAGAGCCCUCCUGGCCAGGAUGGGAGGGGUGGUCCUGAUCCAGGAUAUUUGGCCCAUUAGUCUUUUUGUAGACUAAAACUUCCUGGAGUUAAAAAAAAAAAAUGGCCUCUCCUGUGCAUGGGUGGGCGGAGUGGACAUUUAUGAGGCCUACUGUUGGGAAAUGAAUAAUUUCCCAAUUAGGAAGUGUAACAGAACUGAGGUCUCUGGAGGGAGCUUGGCCAAUGUGGGAACAGUGGUUUGGGGAGUAAAGAUGCUAAUGACUUGAAGGAAAACUCUGACAUUCCAUGAAUGUGUCAAGAAAUAUAUGUUUGUGUAUAUUUAUACACUUGUGCAUGGACUGUGUCAGUGUAAGAGCUGGUGUGUUCCUGUGUCUGACGGCAAGUCUCGGUCUUUCCCUAAAUGGUGUGGACUGUAAUACCACAUAGGAGAGUUUGUCUGGAGAGGCCUUGGGUCACUCCUGGAGUCUCCUGAUCUCCUGGUGUCCCAUGUGAAAAAGCAUAUGAAUGUAUCAUUCUGGGGCACAGCUUGUGACCAGCACUAAAUGUCUAUUUCAUUUUCACAUAGAUGUCCCUUUCUUGGCCAAUUAUACCUUCUGAACUGCCAGCCUAGUUCAUCCAAUUCUCACUGUGUGGGUGAGGACCACUCCUGUACACUGAAUAUUUAUAAUUAUAUUCUGCUAUUUUUAUUUAUAUCUAUUUUUAUAAUUUUGAAU